UGUUUUUUAUUCCAUUCAAACUUAAAACCCUAAUUUAGUAUAUUAGAUUUUUUUGUGAUAUAAUUUUUGUUUGCCUAAACAAGAAUGUUGAUCCGGCUAUUUGGUUGCUACCUGAAUGCUAACUAAACAGUAUGGAGUGUCAUUUAAAUUUAUCCAGCCUGAACUUAGUUAUUGAUUGGCAAAAUUAUUUUAAAAUACAAUUGCACUAGGAACCCACCACAUCAGUGAUCAGACGGUUGUCUGUAAGAUAUGUGCUGAAGUAAUGGACAUAUCUACAGUUUUCAGGAUCUGUAUGUAACUACUAUCAUGAAAACCAUCAAUGAGAUUGAAAUGCGGAGAUCUUAUGUUUGGUAUGAAAAAUGAGAUAUGUUCUUUUUAUUGCCAAUAUAUAGACAGGUGAAAUUGUUUCUCAGAAGUUUAAAGAAACAUUAUUAACCAGAAAUACACAAAGGUUGAGGUUAAUAAUGUUAAAUAGGUACACCAAUGUGGUUACAAUUACUACAGCAUCAAGACAUUUAGUAAAGGUAUCAAACACACCAAUACAUCACCUCCUUUGCAGUCCAUAUAAUACUAGUCAAGAAUCAGACCAAGUAGGAGAUUUCCCUCGAGCCUGGAGGCAUUUGACCUAUACUUGAUGAUUUCGUAACAUGUUUCCAAGUCAUGAGAGUUCAAUCGUUCGUGUCAAUGUGAGGAUUUGUGGUGCUACACUAUUGUAACUUUUCUGUUGUAAUUGACAGGAUUCGUAUCCUUCUUUGCUCCUAUUAGUCAUAUAUAGCCUCACAGAAAGGCCCGCUCAUUGGAUCAACAAGACCUGAGUUUUUUUAGGCUUUCUGGUUGAUUGUUAAAAGCGUGGGACAUUACAUUAUUUAAUGUUAGAUUUCCUGAAUUAUUGCAUUGACCCUGGAAUAAGAUCCUACACGGUACACACUUUUUCCAUCCAUAGGAUGUGAGUAGUACUUUUGGGUACAGGACAGACCUUCCAACAAGGGCAUUAUUUGUCAUGUCCUUUCUCUAUCAUUCCCAUCCUACAAGUAAUGAACUAUAGGUGGAGCAGAGGAGAAUUCUUGCAUUUUGGUUGCCAACAGUGAGUGAUUUCCCUCCCACUUUUUCUCUGGAAUGUCAAGAUGCAUUCCAAUGACAUGCCCAUUAUCCACCUGGCAAUAGGCUUUAUAUUCUUGUUAAUAGUGACAUUGCUGCCCAUAGCAGUGUGUUAUUUCUUUCCAUAUCUCAGGUAAUCAAACUUCUGUCAUGUAUGGUUGGAAGUUCUUUCCCUAACGCAUGUAGAUGUAUUAUUUUAUGCAGUGUUCCAGGAAACGUUAAGCUGAGCUAAGUGGACAUGUUAGAGAAACAUGUUUCACCGAAGUUUUGGAAGAAUUUUGAUGCUUAUAGCAAUGUCACAGACCAUGAAGAGAAUGGCAAAGAUAUGCAAGAGGAUGAGAUUGAAUUACUACUGUGUGAAGCUUUGGAAGAAAUAUCGCUGGAGAAACAGUAUCAAGAAAAGUAUUUAUUGAUGUUGGUCAAGUCUUUACAGCAAUGCCAAGAUAGCACAUCAAUGGAAGGACAUCCCUCAGAUGUGGAAAAGUUCUUCUUUUCUAAAUAUCAGCUAAUUGUCUCUUCUGUUCUUAUGACUACUCUACCACGACAAUUUCCAGGCUUAGCCUUGACUGCUAAACCAUAUUUGAGCAAUAUUCAGGAUAAAUGUAUGUAUCGAAGACCUUUACACAUAUUAUCUUUAAGCCGACCCUUACUAUGCAAAGUUUCUAAACAUUUGCCUAUUAACAUGUUUCUAGAGGUACUGCACUGGUACUUCAAAGGAAGAUUAGAGGAAUUGAGUACAAUCAUGGCUGGAAAUUAUGAAGAUAACGAAUCACAAGAUACAAAUGGCAUGGAAUCAUAUGGAAAAGGUAAACACCCCACUCGUUUUGGAAACAUGGAUAUUGAUGGAAGCUAUGACCAGAAGAAAAUUUUGGAGAACAAGUUAGUGAGGAACAUUGGAAUGGUUGUUCAUAAUCUCAGAAGUCUUGGAUUUACUUCCAUGACUGAAGAUGCUUAUGCUUCUGCGAUAUUUUUGCUUUUGAAGGCUAAAGUUUAUGAUCUAGCUGGCGAUGAUUACAGGAGUUCUGUCUUGGAAUCUAUUAAGGAGUGGAUACAGGCUGUGCCUCUCCAGUUUUUGCAUGCACUUCUUGAUUAUCUUGGUGAUUCUAUCAGUUAUCUUAGCCCUUCUAGUAUGAAAUCACCUCUGGCAUCAAGCCCAUCUUCAUGCUACCCUGGAGCUAGUAAACCAUCUGAAGGAAUUAUUAGAUGGCAGUUGCGAUUGGAGUAUUUUGCUUAUGAAACAUUGCAAGACUUGAGAAUUGCCAAACUUUUUGAGAUCAUUGUGGAUUAUCCUGACAGUGCUCCUGCCAUUGAAGACUUGAAACAAUGUAUUGAGUACACCGGACAACACUCGAAACUAGUUGAUUCAUUUAUAUUCGCACUGCAAUACCGGUUGUUGACAGCGGGUGCUUCGACAAAUGACAUAUUGCACCAAUACGUUUCAACUAUAAAAGCACUUCGAACAAUAGAUCCAGCAGGAGUUUUUCUAGAAGCAGUUGGUGAACCAAUUAGGGAAUACCUAAGAGGAAGGAAAGAUACCAUUAAAUGUAUCGUGACUAUGCUUACAGAUGGGACUGGUGGAAAUAACAAUGGACCUGGGAACAGCGGAGAUAGUCUCCUUGAGGAAUUAAAUAGAGAUGAAGAAAAUCAAGAAAGUGCUGGUCUUGAUGAUGAUAUCAAUACUGAUGACAAGCAAGCAUGGAUUGAUAUCCAACGCUGGGAACCUGAUCCUGUUGAGGCUGAUCCCCUGAAGGGCAGCCGGUAUCGAAGGAAAGUAGAUGUACUUGGGAUGAUUGUUGGUAUAAUUGGUUCGAAAGAUCAAUUGGUUAAUGAAUAUCGUGUUAUGCUGGCUGAAAAACUUCUAAACAAAACUGAUUAUGACAUCGACACUGAAAUACGCACAUUGGAGCUUCUUAAGAUACAUUUUGGUGAAAACAGCAUGCAGAAAUGUGAGAUCAUGCUCAAUGAUCUGAUUGAUUCAAAAAGGACAAACACAAAUGUAAAAGCCACCAUAAAUCAAUUAGCUCAAACAGGUGCCGAGUCUCAAGAGCAUGAGGCUUCAUUUGAUAUUCUUGACGCCACAAUCAUAUCUUCUAAUUUCUGGCCACCUAUUCAGGAUGAAGCUGUCAACAUACCUGAGCCUGUUGACCAGCUUCUAAGUGACUAUGCUAAGAGAUAUCAUGAAAUCAAAACUCCUCGCAAGCUACUAUGGAAGAAAAACCUUGGUACAGUGAAGUUAGAAUUGGAAUUUGAAGAUAGAACUCUACAGUUUACAGUCACUCCUGUACAUGCUUCGAUCAUUAUGCAAUUUCAGGAUCAAAAAACGAGUUGGACCUCUAAGAAUCUUGCAGCUGCCAUUGGGGUGCCUGUAGACACACUUCAAAGGAGGAUAAGUUUCUGGAUAAGCAAGGGGAUUAUUGCAGAGUCUUCAGGUGAAGACUCUAAUGACCACUUGUAUACGCUGGUUGAUAGCAUGGCUGAUGGUGGUAAGACGGGCAUUAAUAAUGAGGAGUUGGUAGCUGAUGAUGAUGCUGAACGAUCAGUAGCCUCUGUCGAGGAUCAGUUACGCAAAGAAAUGACUGUGUACGAGAAAUUCAUCGUUGGGAUGCUUAAAAACUUCGGCAGCAUGGCAUUGGACCGAAUACAUAACACUCUCAAGAUGUUUUGCGUAUCUGAUCCUACUUACGACAAGUCACUCCAACAACUGCAAUUCUUCUUGUCGGGCCUAGUUGCAGAAGAAAAAUUGGAAUUUAGAGACGGCAUGUACUUUUUAAAGAAGUAACAAGCCAUUGGAAAUGCAUUUCGUAUGUUGCUUUGGAAACCUGAUGGUAAUUGGCAAAUGACAAGAUCUCCUCCACCCGAAGAUGUAGCGACCCCUGAUGAAGUUAUUUAUCCAUGGGCGUAUCCGGUAUCAACCUAAGGCGGCUUUUCUGGUCGAAUUCAUACAUAUUUGUAGCAUCUUUGCAAGUCGUACAUUUAAUUCCCCUAAACCAGCAAGUCGGCCCAAUAACCAUCAAAUCAUCUUCGGUAAAAGUUAUUGAUAGCUAACAACCUUAAACUCUAUUAAGGAAUUCAUAGAUCUAAUUUUCUAUUCAUCGGGUGACAAUACAUCUUAUCUAUUCAUGUAGGACAAGUUGUUAUGGUCUACCUCCUAACUUCGGUGUAAAAUUUAGAAUCAUGUUAUUUCAUGAUUUAUGAAACUCGGGUUGGUAAAUGUUCAUGCACCGAUUAAAAUGU